AUGGGAACCUUGUUCAUUAGGGAUACUAGAAACUUUGAACACCUAUUGGACUUCACAGACCCGGUUGAGGUCAAGUCUAGUGGAUAUUACUUUUCUUGGAGUAAUAAGGAGGAAGGAUAUAGGAGAAUUGAAUCAAGGAUUGAUAGAUGUUUUGGUAAUGCAUCAUGGAAUAACCAAUACACCACUGAUUUGGUGGAAUAUAUGACACUUGGCCUAUCUGAUCACUCCCCUCUAGUGAUUAGGAGUGAGGGACAGUCUAUGCUCAAGCUUUGGGGGAAACUCAAACAUGUUAAAAGUGGGCUGAAGCACCUACAUAACAAAGAAUUUGUAAAACUGCAUGAAAGAAUUGAACAUCUAAGGGGGGAAUUGGAGAACACUCAAGAAGCUCUUGUUGGAAGCAGCACUGACUUGACCCUGCAAGGCAAGGAGAAGGAUCUCAUUGCUUCUCUAAGAAAAUUUAUUGGCAUUCAGGAAAGUGCUUAUAAACAAAAGGCAAGGAUUCAAUGGUUGAAGCCGGGGGACUCAAAUAACAAGUUCUUCUUUACUACUAUGAAGGAGAGGCAUAGGAGGAAUAACAUUAAUAUCCUGUAUGAUGCCACUGGAAAUAGGCUGACUACUGCUAGUGACAUUGCUAGAGAGAUUAGGCAAUUCUACACUUCAUUGGUGGGUACUGCUGCUUCUUCUCUUCAAGGUGUGGACCUGAAUAUAGAAAUUGAUGAUACCCUUAGUGGCAUUGAUGUAUCUAAGGCACCUGGCCUUGAUGGCCUGAACAACUGCUUCUUCAAGAAGGCUUGGAAAGUAAUUAAGGAGGAUGUCUACAAAGCAGUUAUGGAAUUUUUUACCUAUGGCAAGCUUCUGAGACAAAUCAUUGCUAAAAUUCUCACUUCCAGGAUGCAACCAAUUGUGGGUUCCAUCAUCAGUGAUUCACAAACUGUUUUCAUUCCUGGGAGACCUAUAAUUGAUAACAUCUUAUUAGCCUUUGAGUUGAUCAAAGGUUACCAUAGGAAGUAUAUUUCACCAAGGUGCAUGAUUAAAACAGAUUUAAGGAAAGCAUAUGAUUCAUUAGAGUGGCCUUUCCUUAAAACUAUGCUUCAUGAACUGGGACUCCCUAGUAGAUUUGUCAACUGGAUCUUUGUUAUGCCAAAAGAAGGUUAUGAGAGAAAUUCACAGUAUCUGCAAAACUUUUCUGUGGAUGGGAGGAGACACAGGGAACUGCCUACUAAAGACAGGUUGAUAAGUUGGAACAUUGCCAUUGAUGGUACCUGCAGCCUUUGUAACCAAGCUACAGAGUCUGCAGCUCAUCUUUUCUUUAGCUGUGAUUUUGCCAGCAAUAUUUGGGAUGCUGCACUGUAG